UUGCCUCUGGCUGACCUUCUCCUCUUCCCCCAACAACUGAUACCUUACUUCACUGCCAUCCCCGGUGGGAUGUGCCCCUGCAAGAGCAUCACCGUGUCAGGCACCGUCCUGCCCAGCGCUGAGAGGUUCCACAUCAACCUGCGCUCUGGGAGUGACAUCGCCUUCCACCUGAACCCCCGUUUUGACCAGAACACCGUGAUUGGAAACACGCAGAUCAACGGCUCCUGGGGACCUGAGCAGUACUCCAUAUCCAAGACAAUGCCCUUCUCCAGAGGCCAGAGCUUCUUGGUGAGGAUCACUUGUGAGGAUACUGCCUUCAAGGUGGCAGUGAACGGUCAGCACCUGUUUGACUACAACCACCGCGUGAAGGACUUGCCUGCUAUCAAUGUCCUAGAAGUGGCAGGUGAUGUCCAGGUGACCCACGUGCACACAUAGACUGGACUCUUGGUCCUGGGAUCUAGGGCUAGAGCAUGUCACUGUCCGGAUCUGCUCAUCACCUCCACCUUCCCUGUCCCUGCCCCUGCCCUUCCCAGCCCUCCAAGGAUCUGGAGACACGAGGUCCCUGUGUGGCCCU